UGAUUCAGCUCUGGCCGUGCCACAAGAGCUGGAGGCCCCAGAUCCCAGACGCAGCCCCGACACCAGCCCACCCUCACCCCCACCCCCGGCCCCCAGCCACGGCCAGGGCCCCAGCCACGGGGGCCAGCCAUGCUGCUCUGAGCCAGCCACAGAGUAAGGGUGGAGCCAUGGAGAGAGUGAGGAACCCCAAAUUCACCAGCAGUACCCUGACAAAGACAGUGGAGUUCACAGGAGAUCUGGGACCACUGGGAAUCAAAGUGGUGCCAUACUGCUCCUCUCUCAGUGGAAGGUCCCUGGGUCUUCAUGUGUGUGGGCUAGAAGACAGCGGUCGUGCCAAGAAGGAGGGCAUCUUUCAGGAGGAUGAGUGUAUCGUGCAGAUCAAUGACACUCUACUAAUGGACAAGUCAUUCACCCAGUCCCAGGAAGUCUUCAGGCAGGCGAUGACCUCUUCCUCUCCGGUGCGUCUGGAGGUGCUGCCCAUGUCCAACAAGCUCCGCUACGAGAAGACCCUGAUCAGCCAGCUCUUCACCAACGACGGGUCUGGCGACGGGAACUUGUCCAAACCCCGUAGCCCUCUUCUGCUGCGCCCCAAACUGGAGGCCCUGCGGGAGAGCCCCGCGUCCACACCACCCUCUCGCUCCCCGGAUCUGCCAGCUGCCGCUCCCGCCAUUGCCCCCGCUGUUGCCCCCGGCCCAGCUCCAGCACCUGCCCUGGCUGUUGCCCCUGCCCCUGUUCGAGCUGCCACCCCUCAGAGAGAGGAGCCCUCGGCCAGAAACACGCCCGAGCUGCCGCGCUCCGCCCAGUCCACGCCGCCCCGCGCGUCCUCCGCGUCCUCCGCGUCCUCCGCGUCCCCCACGCUGGCCAAGGGCCGCAGCGAGAGCCCCAUGUCCAAGAAGGGCCCCGCCCUCGCCACGCUGGCCAACCUGGCCAAUAAGAAAGGAGGGAAGAAGAUGAAGAUCGACCUGAAGAAAGGCACUGACGGUUUGGGUUUCACCGUGGUGACGCGCGACUCCUCGGUGCACGGCCCCGGGCCCAUCCUGGUCAAAAGCAUCCUGCCCAAAGGGGCCGCCAUCAAAGAUGGACGGCUGCAGUCGGGUGACCGCGUCCUGGAGGUGAAUGGCGUGGACAUCACAGGGCGCACUCAGGAGGAGCUGGUGGCCAUGCUGCGCAGCACCAAGCUGGGGGAGAGCGUCUCCAUGGUGGUGGCUCGGCAGGAGGAGAUGUUCCUGCCUAGAGAACUGAAAGGGGAGCAGACAGGUGUGCCCAUGUCAGAGGAGGGACGGGAGCAGCUGAUGUUCGAGGUGCCCCUGAGUGACUCCGGCUCGGCCGGCCUUGGGGUCAGCCUCAAAGGCAACAAGGCCCGCGAGACCGGCGAGGACCUGGGCAUCUUCAUCAAGUCCAUCAUCCAUGGAGGAGCCGCCUAUAAGGAUGGCCGGCUGCGCGUGAAUGACCAGCUCAAGGCCAUCAACGGCGAGUCGCUGGUGGGCCGCUCCAACCACGACGCCAUGGAAACGCUGCGGCGCUCCAUGUCCAUGGAGGGCAACCUGCGCGGCACCAUCCAGCUGCUGGUCAUGCGCUCCUCCCCUGCCCAGGAGCCUGUGGAGGUGGUAUCUAAUCAGAAUCUGCUUCCGGAGAGUUCUCAGCUCAGCCUGCCGCCAAUGGUGGUCAACAGCAUUUACGACAGUGCGCCAGGGUCUCUUCGAUCCUCCAAUGGCAGUUAUGAGCCUCCAGAGGAAGACUAUGAUGAUGAAGGCUUCCCCCCUCCUCCUUUACACCUGACGGUGGAAUCCAACAUGCCUCAGCCCACAUACGGAGCAGAGAGGGGGACCAGAGACCACUCACCCUACGCAUCUUACCGGUUGCCAGAGCAACAACCACAAAGCCUACCCAACUACAACAGGAACUCCAAGAGCAUGGACCUGGUGCCCGAUGAGAGCAACGUUGGAUCUCUGGCCGGACCGGCUGCAGGUGCUGCUGCAGGUGCCGGUCUGGAGCUCGGCCCUGGCCUCGGCCUCCAAAAGUCCAGCUCUCUGGAGAGCCUGCAGACCGCCAUGGCUGAGGCCGGGAAGAUGGAGGUGCCCUUCCAUCGCCCCUCCACCCACAUGGUGCGCGGCCGCGGCUGCAACCAGAGCUUCCGCAACGCCAUCGACAAGUCCUACGACGGGCCCUCGGAACCUGAGGAUGAUGACUACUCCGAUGAGACCUCUGGUGGAGACACGCCCAGCCAGGAGCUGGAUGAUGGGGGGAAGAAGAAGAAGAAGAAGAAAAAGAAGGACAAGAAAAAAGACAAAAGCAAAUCGGAUGACCCGGAGAAGAAGACCAAGAGGAAAUUUGGAUUGCUCAGGUAGGGUCCAGUCAAAGAAGUCCGGUGAUCCGG